ACACUUUCAGAGUGAGAAAUAUCUGGUGACUCGGCGGUUACGGCGAUGGAGACGGCGGAGAUGAAUCAUAAUUCCGGUAAGAGUAAUUUGAAGAACGUUGAUGCAACGGAGAUCGAGUUCAAGAUUCUGGCGGCUUUGCGAUCACGCGUAACCUACCUCAGAAAUGAAGCAGACUGCUUCACCUUGGUGAGUGUGAGGAGGAUGUUAGAGGAAGAUAUUGGAUUGGAGAAAUGUGAUUUGGAUGUGUAUAAGAGCUUUGUUAAAGAGCAUUUGGUUAAGUGUUUAGAAGAAGCUGGGAAUAAUGAUACUUCGGAGAAUUCUCAAGAAACUGAGAGGGAAGACGAUGAGAUUCCAACUAAAGAAGUAGCAGAACAAUCUGAAGAGCACGAGCCAAUGAACGAUGCUGGUGAAGAGAACACAUCGAAAAGGGAAGCUAAAGAUGUGAAGGGCAAGGGAAAUAAAGAAACCCUGCAGAGGGAUAUAAAGAGAGCCCUUCGGAAGAGAGCUUCAUAUAUUAAGGCUAAUUCAGAGACAAUUACAAUGGCUUCACUUCGUCGACUUCUAGAGGAAGAUCUUAAAUUAGAGAAGGAGUCUCUUGAUCUAUUUAAGAAGUUCAUUAACAAAGAAUUGGAUGAAGUACUACAACUUCCUGAUGCUCCUAAAUGUUCGACUGAGUCUAUUGUGAAAAAUGUGAAGAAAAAGGUCAAGAGCACACCAUCUAAGAUGGUAAGCAGUGAAUACAAUUCUGAUUCAGAUACUGAGGGGAAUGUGGACAACGAGGAGGUAGCUGUAAAGAAGACAAUGGCCCGAAAAGUUAAAUUAUCAAAACCAGAGAUGAUGGGAAAACGGAAAAGUGAAAAUGGUAAACAAGUAUCUGGAAGAAAGAAAGCAAAACAUACAGAAAUAGAUUCAGAGAAUGACAGUGAUUCAGGGGAUAGUGAAAAAUCUUUGAAGCAGACUAAGGAGACUGCAACUGAUGUGUAUGGAAAGCGUGUUGAGCAUCUCAAAUCAGUCAUCAAAUCUUGUGGGAUGAGUGUUCCUCCAAACAUUUACAAGAAAGCCAAACAGGCUCCUCAAGAGAAACGUGAGGCUAUGCUAAUAGAAGAACUUGAGCAGAUACUUGCCAAAGAAGGGCUGUCUUCAGAUCCUUCAGCGCUAGAGAUCAAAGAAGUAAAAAAGAGGAAGAAUAUAUCAAGAGAGCUUGAGGGUAUUGAUACAAACAACAUUGUAUGGAACUCAAGGAGAAGAUCCUCCACAAGUUUCGCGCCUCCUCCAAAACCGAAAGUAACAGCGGAAAGCGAGAGCGAGAGUGAUGAACCGGAAGAUUCUGAGAAUGAAGAGGAAAGUAAUGAAAAAGCUGAGAGAGGAAGCCAAAGCGAAGAAGUAGAAGAAGAAUCAAACAGCGAAGAGGAUGAUGGUGGAGAAGAAAGCGAUUGAAUUAACGAUUAUCUCUGACUCAGUGAUUGGUGGAGAAGAAAGCGAAUGAUUUAACCAUUUUGUUCUUUUAGCCUUUCAAGAUUAGGAUGAAUAUUAAGCAGGUAAUAUGUCAAACUUUUAACUAUAGUGAUAACUAAGUGGGAAUCCCAGACUCUGGUUACAACUUGAGGAAUCUUAUGCCGAAUCACUGAAUGUUUUUGAUACCCACUC